AUGGAUGAGUUCUCCUCACUGACUGAUGACGACGUGUCUGUGUUAUUCUGUUUUCUGUGUUCUGACUCCGGUCCUCCUGACUUCACCGACACAGAGUGGCUGAACUUGCUUAAUGAGAUACGAGAGGACGUGUACGGUAAACAAAAUCCUGUAACACGUGAGGAAGCACAGCAGAUUCUGGACAGACUGAAGUCACGUGAUUACCUUUGGGAAGAUCAGGACAAGAUAAAGAAGGAUACAAAGGACGAGACAAUGUAUAAGAUAGCAUCAAGAAACAAUCAUAUACCAUUCUUUUACAGUAGUUAUGACACAGCCAGUGUGUACCUGAGAUCAUGGGAAUACAACAGAGAACCUGGAGAGAAGUGUGUCACUAGUCUUGGCUGUAAUGACUUACUGAUACGCCGUCUACAGAUGAACAUACUGACUCACGUCACCAUGGAGGACACGAAUAUCUAUGAUGAGAUACACCAGAUAUUGAAUAUCCCAAAAAAUGAAAUCAAGAAGAGUAAAGAUGAACGAGAAGAAUUUCUAACGGAACUAAGAAGAGAAGAAAAUGCUGUACAUUACAGAGGAAGAUCACAGGACAGUGUAGAUCACGUGACGUGGCUCAGGAGAUACCGGAGACCUGACAUCGUGAGAUCCUGUAUAGGUCUACAUCCACACAACGACAUUUACAUCAUCGACAACAAAACCUAUAGAAAAAAAA